CACUAGGGGGCUCGUCAUACAACCAAGCCAUCUAAAAACUGUGAAUUUUGAGCUUUACGGCAGAAAUAAACAGUUAGUUGGUAAAAGGUUCACCUCUGCAUAUCUUAUUACUCUGAACCUUAUUUUUUUUAUAUUUAAUAUUCACUUUUAGCAUUGAAAACAGACCAUUUGACAGUUUUCAUCAAAGGUUUUAAUGUGAAUUUCCAACUUUUUCUUGACCAUUUUUUGGAGAAACUGAAUUUCUUUGAUGUUAUUUUUUUCUUUACAUGAUUUCUGCCAUUUGUCUGAUUGGUUGGAGACACUGAGUCUGUCCUUUUGUUUGAACCCACCAGUCAGAUCAUUUUUAAGUAGCAUUUUUUUUUUUAUUUUCUUCAAUGAUUAUGAAUGCACGAAUUUUUACUAACAUACAAAGUGUUAAACUGCUAGAUGGAUGACUUUUUUUUCUUUUUUUUAUUCCAUGAGAGCAGUGUUUAAAGUAAAGCCCCACUGCUGAGCUGCUGCUUAGAUUCCCCUUCAUGUAAGCGUUUGCAGGGUUCUGAUGGAAAGCCGGCUCGGUUUGAAUGGGAGCGUGCCGUCCGGCGCUCCUGCGUUGGAGUCCUUCCAGCAGCGUGGAGAUGUGCUUGACAGCCGUUCUCAUGCUGGCCCUACUUUUUGUGAUGGAUCCCCCAAACUGUGCUUGAUAAACUCUAAAAACCUAACUUUUUUUGUUCUUUUUUUUUGGUUUUGCCCCGAAGUGCCUCUUCUUAAACCCAUCUAAAUUACUAUUUUUCUUGCUCUCUUGGAGGUAAAAAUGUGUAAUUUCUGCGUUUGCUUCCUUCUGGAUGAAGCAGGAUUCUGUCCUCUCUGGAACCUCAGUUUAUCAGACCAUGCUUUAACACAAAGCUGGAAAAGAGAAAAAAAAAUCCCCUAUGACUCUGGGUGUCUGCAAGACAGAAAAAGCUCAGCAGUGCAGAUCUGGACUGUGCUCCUGCAGCCGAACAUCCAGCUCAGGUGUUUUCCUUAUUAUCACGACCCGCUGCAGAUCGAACUAAAGCUGCCAUCUCUUUGUCUGAUAGCAAAUUCAGCAAUUAAGGAAGCCUAAUGCAAGUUCAGAUUUACGCCGGCCUCAGAAAAAUUAGCAUAUUGGAGGCAUUCCGGUGAUUUAAAGCAGAGAAGCAAUUAACUAAAGGAUGUCUUGAGGGUCCCCACCUAGUUUGAACCCAGUCGGCCCUUUUGAUCUCUGCUAAGUGGUUGCAUUCAUAUUGACAGACCUUAUCUGAAUGGAAUUGAAUUAUUUCUGAAUUCAUGCGUCGCAAGAGGAGUUGGGGAGAAGCAGCAAUCACUGCAGGAUCUAGGAGGACUCCUGUUGGUCUGGAUUAGUGAGGAUUUAUGUUGCAACACUGCCCCCUACUGGUCAAGCAUGGCUUAGAAUUAGUUUUUAUCCUUAAAUCCCCUUUUUUGAGCCUUAAAAAUGAAGAGGAUGAACCCCCUGGCAUCAUCCACGAAGAUUAUGACCCAACUUUCACAAGUUCUAAGCGGUUUCCCUUCCAGAUAUAUAUAGGAUAAUACUGAUCAUAUUUUAGCUUGUUUUGAUAUGGAAAACAAUUGAAUAUCACUUUUGUUUGACUGCUAAAGAUUUAGGUUUAGGAUUUAGGUCAUAAAAGGAGUUACUGGUUUGGUCUGAGGGUAAAUCUAGCAGGUCCAUCCAAUUCUGAAAAAUGAGUUUUGCUGUAGCUGGCGUCCAGUGGAUAUUGUCUUUUUCUGAAUGAAAUGUGUCAUGGGGAAUCUCCAAAAGAAAAGGAACAGUUGUGACCGUAAUGUUAUUGGUUGUUUAAAGGUUAUUGAGUUGAAGUGCGGUAAGGUUUAAUGAAAAGUUUUAGGGCAGGUUGACUUGGCCAGCCUGAAAAACGUUGUUUGGUCGCGGUCUGCUGGAGGUCCUGGUUCGUGUUGUUGAGACCUAAGGAGAAGAUGAUGAUCUUAAAAGAAAUGAUCGGUGUUGACUUUGGAGUAACUGUCCAAUUGUACCUGACUGUAGUGAUGGGGUGGAGUUCUGUAGAUGUUAGAGUCUCCCAGUACUAAAACAGAUUUCCGUGGUUUGAAGGACCAGUCCUGGAUUUUAUGUGCUGGACGUGCCAAGUGGUAGUUGAGUUUAAAGCCUGGUAGCUCAACGGGUUGUUGAGGGUUUAACUAGUCCUCGUCUGGCACUUAGAGGAGUCGGAGGAGUGGAUGCCGGGCUGGAGUUCCACUUAAUUCUGGUAGUCGGGUGUUAAGUGUCGUUUGACAAUGUAGUUUUUUUUUUUUUUGUAUUUAUUUAUUUUUUAUUAAGCCCCAUCUUUUGUUUUUCAGGAACAAUUUGAAUCAUGUCAAUCCCAUCAAAGACAAGAAAAUAAAAAUGCUACGAAAGUUUUAGGUAAUUUUUCCUUUUUAUUUAUAAUUUUGGGUUGUUUUAAAACCUUACAGUUAUGUUAUUCUAUGUUAUUUACUUUUUUUAUGUUUUUAUUCUCUUAUUGGCUGAUCAGAUUCUAUUGCUGUAUGUUGCUUGUAAGAUGGUUUUGUAUUUUUCUGUGUGAUAUGUUAUGUUGAAUUUGUUAAUGAGGAAAUGAAAACUCCGUCCAGGGGGCGUUCCAAGAUGGCGGCCUUGUUGGCCUGUUUUGGCUUCACUAAGCUCCUACUUUAACUUAAAAAAAAAAAAAAAAACUUCACAUUGUCUUCUCGUGAGACUGCUUACCUCCUUCUCAUAUACAGUCAAUGCUCCAGCCUCCUUUCAGUAAGCAGCACCUAUUACUGCCACCUGCUGGUUGGAGGGCAAACUGCACCAUUCUAUUCUCCAUUGACGAGAGCAAUAAAGUUUUUUCCCACCUGUCCUGUCCUGUCCUGUCCUGUCCUGUCCUGUCCUGAGUUGUUGCCUUUUGGGGUCCACUCAUCCUGACAGCUUAAUCCUUCCUUUUUUACUGAAAAAACUGUGGAUGUAACUUUUUUUUUUUUUUUUAAAUCUCAACAUUGAACUUUCAAUCAGAUAAUAGGAACUCCACUGUGUCUUGUCUGGCUGUCAAAGAGCUUCAAGAUUUUUUUUUUUUUUAAAAUGACAAAUAUAUAUAUAUAUAUAUAUUAAACAAAUAUAAUUUGAGAAAGGAAAAAGUUCAUUCUAACACAUGGGAGGCUGUUGGGCUUGGCCAGUCUUUUAUUUACUGUCUUAACCAGAAAUCCGUUCACCUAAAAUCAUCCAGCAAGUGAACCAGUCCACCAACCAAGCAGUCAUCCAUCCAGCAGAAGAGUCCAGCCAGGUUCUGAUGAGUUCCAGAUGGAAGUCCAGACCGUCUGGCCUGAGCGUAAGAAAGCACAGACUAAGAAAAUAAAAGCAUGAAAGAGAAGGAACGUGAGACUGGAUGGAUGGAGGGAGGGAGGAGACAAGAAGAAAAAAAAUGAAGAAAUAAUUCAACUCGAUUAAAUACAGUCAGACGUGGGAAGGCGAGUUGGUGUGAUGAUCAUUUACGACCGCUCCUGAGCGAGAUUUGUUUGAGGAGACAUGGGCGCCAAUGUGACUCUGAGGGGGGUUCUGCUGGCUCUUCUGCUUCUGGGGGCAACUCCUCAGCACCACAGGAAAGCUCUGUUUCCAUCUGCACACAGGGUAAGACGUGGGACGCAUUCACUUCUCAAUCCCACCUUCCAGCUCCCAGGGGAUGAUGGGAAUCUGCUUUUUGAGAUCCUUCUGGCCGGGAUGCAGAUCCAAGCCCAAACGCUGCUGAUCCCAGACGAGGAGCUGGCCUCCAUGAGGAGGGUUGAGCAGCUAGAGGUCAUCUGUGAGGACGUCCUGCCCAAGAAGCUGUCCGACAUCCGGCGCCUGAUUGAUGAUCUGGCUCGGCGGCGGUGGCGGCAGCGUCUGAGCUGGCCGGACUUUGAGAAAACGGUGCUGACUUUGGUUUACGUUUCUCAGACUGUGGCGAAAACCAGCGAGCGGCUGCAGAAGGAGGCGUGGGCAGACGCUCUGAUGAAGCUGUUUGGAGCCGUUCAGAGAGACCUCCAACCUGCUGAGCAGAAAGUUGAUCCUGUUCAUGAUAGUCGCUGAUGAUUUACAACUCCCAGAGUUUGAUUUAUUUUCAUUUUUAAUAACAAAUUUAUAAUGAAGAAAAAAGUUUGAUUAAAGUUUCUUUCUCAUUUUUACUGAUUUUCUCACCACAAAUAUAACAAAUAUAAUCAAACACAACUCAGAGAUCAAAUAUUCUAGUACAUUUGCACUUUUACAGAUAAUUAAAUCAACAUUUUUGAUGUUAAUGAUGGAAGCUGAAGCUAUAAAUUAUUAGGCGCCGACUGGCAAACAUUAAUGAUUUUCAUGUUUUACUUUUGAAGGAAAAAGAAAUGUUAAAAAAUAAUAAUUUAGCCUGCAGACCUGCUUCUGAUGCUUUCAGAUUCCCCUGAGCAAAAUAGCAGAUUUUUUUCUUUAAAAUAACUAAUUUUAACUCCUAAUAAUGAAGAAUAACUUCUACCAACAAGGUUUUGAAGUGUAUCUUCUUGCUGUGGAAAAACAGUUUUACAUUUAAUUUAAUUUGAAAAUACAAAAACCUGCAAGGAAAUCAUAAAAAAAUGUGUUUUGGGACUUUUUUUGUUCUCAAAAACUGAAGCAAAUGAACAUUUAUUCAUGUGAAAUAUGUGAAUGUAACCGUUUUCAUGCCAUUUUCUAUUAAACACAUUUUCCAUAAAUUCUCCCCACAGAAGGCUUAACUUAUCCAUCUUAAAUGAGCUGACCUUGAU